CUCAGCGCUCAUACCGUUAUCCCUUCGAUCCCGCGUCGAUCAAAAUGCGCGUUUAGCCUCGAUAAAAGUUUCUUCUGACCUUAAAUCGGAUUUUCUUACUGGAGUUACUGGAUAGCGGAACACCAGCAGCAUGAAGUACAAAAACCUGAUGGCCAAGGCGUUGUACGACAACGUCCCGGAAUCCCCAGAAGAGCUGGCAUUCCGUAAGGGCGACAUUCUGACGGUCAUCGAGCAGAACACAGGGGGCCUCGAGGGAUGGUGGUUGUGUUCGCUCCACGGUCGUCAAGGCAUCGCUCCCGGCAACCGCCUUAAACUGCUCAUCGGCCCGAUGUUUGAAGGACAUACGCCUGGCUCGCCCUCUCCACCUCAGAGUCACGCCCUACAGCAGAGACCUCUUACCCCUCAGGACGUGUACCAGGUGCCCCCCUCUCACCAGAGCCCACAGGGACCGGGCAUCUAUCAGAUCCCACCAUCAAUGGGCGUGUACCAGGUUCCACAAAGAAGUGCGCUGGCUGUGGAUGGGACACCUAGCAAGGUGGUGACCCCAGUACGUGUGGGACAAACGUACGCCUACAGUCCUGCUUCAGAUUCAUCUCAUGACCUUUAUGAUGUUCCUCCUCUUCGUUCACAGGGGGUCUAUGAUAUCCCGGGUAUGAAACAGACCGGACAGCACAGCACUCCCAGAGCCCAGGGCAUCUACGACACGCCACCCUCCCAAGACCUUCGAUCCAGAGGACUGUAUGAUAUCCUGCCAGCGUCACAAGGGGUAUAUUCCAUGCCGCCUUGCCGGAACAACGUCGCACAAGAUGAAGGCAACUACGACUUUCCGCAGCCGUUGAAGCACAAGCAAGAAGGUAUAUACGAUGUCCCGCCAACAUCUCUUUCCAAAGCUUCCCCGUGCUCCAACUACGACUUCCCGCCCAGCUCCGAGCCCAUCUCCCGAUUGGCCAUGAACGACAGCAACGGUAUCUACGACGUUCCCGCUAGUCAGCUCGCCGCAGGCGGAUCUCACGACUUGUACGACAUUCCGCGUGGAAAACCUCAGAACAGAGACCGACAUAAAGCUGUGUACGAUGUUCCUCCAGGAGAUUCCCGGUCGCUUGGUGACGUGACCGACGGCGUCAACCGUUUAUCGUUUUCCAGCACGGGAAGCACUCGUUCUAGCAUGUCCACCUCGUCUUCUUCAGCCAGCUCCCCUGCCGAGGGUCGGCUGGCGUUGGAUCUUGACUCGGCGGUACAACGGUUGAAUCGCCUCCAACAAGGCCUGGAUUCUUCUGUCGGCACGCUUCAGACUCUAGCUGCCUCGCCGCACUGGCGAACGUACGGCUUCAUGGAACGUCAUGCCAACGAAGUCCGUGUCUCACUAGAGCGAGUCAAGGCGGCGCUCGCCGACUUUCUUGUGUUUAGCCGCGGGGCGGCGGCAAACGCCACAGCGUUGUCCGACUCAGGACUGCAUUCUAAGUUGCGACGGCAGCUACAGCGUUUGGAAGAUUCCCAGCAGAUUCUUCAACAAACGCACCAGACUCUAGAGAACAGCAGCUGGGCGCUUAAUGUCCUGGCAGCGGGCGCUAAGCAACUGAGCAAGUGUGAUGAACUAGAUCGUUUCGCAAUGGUGUCACGGGCGGUGCCCGAUGAUGCCAAACAACUGGCGUCAACGAUAGGGGGCAGCGCAGAGCUUCUCUUCCGGAGAGCGCCGAUCGAGGGCAUCGUUCACCCCUUCACCUGCACACCGACAGAAGACGACAGCUACGGAGGCCAGACCAAACCGUUCCCAGUAUCACAGGACAAAGCGAACAGCGAGAAGUGUGUGAAGAGCUGGAUGGAGGAUUAUGACUAUGUGCAUCUGCAGGGAAAAGAUGAAUUUGAACGGCAACAAAAGGAACUCUUGGAGAAGGAAAACAUUGUCAAACAAAAGGUUCAACUUGGCCAAGAACAGCUGAACCAAUUUAAACAGCUCGAACAGGAAGUGAUCAAACCGGUCGAGAACGACAUCACCAAAUGGAUCACCCAUCAACAUUCAACAGGCUCCUCCUCCUCAUCAGACUCCUCCUCCGGAAGCGGAACGCCGUUGUGCUUGCGGGACAGACAGCUGCUGAGCUUCUACGCCGACCAAUGCGAACAGCACUUUGUGACUUUGUUAAACGCAGUGGAUGCUUUUUUCGGCUGCGUGAAAGCCGGACAGCCGCCACGAAUCUUCGUGGCACAUGGCAAAUUCGUCAUUCUCAGCGCACACAAGCUUGUGUUUAUCGGAGACACGCUCUCAAGACAAGCGUCGGUGCCUGAAGUGGCCAAUCGGGUGAUGAACUUGAGCAACGUGCUGUGCGAGAUGCUGAAGACGGUCGUGGGGGCCAUCAAGAUGGCCGCCCUUCACUAUCCCAACACGGCCGCCGUGCAAGAAAUGGUCGAUCGUGUGACAGACCUCUCGCAUUUGGCGCAACAGUUUAAAGCGCAGCUCUCGCAGAUGCCAGUGUUGUGAUGUCAUAAUGACAUCAUGAGCGUUUGAACAAAGACUUAUUUUAACGUACGUGCAUAUUUAUAUACUAUGUCGACGCAUUACUGAAACUAUGAUCUUUGUAUAUAGUCUUGCUUUCUUCGUUUCUGUAAAUAUUUGGCUCUAUUUUUGUGUAGAUUUGUUUUAUAUAAUAUUAAUAAUAUUAAUAAUUUGUAUGCCAUAAAAUGAUUGUGAGACUUGUGUUACGUUAACAUUCCUGAUUUUUGUGUAUUAGACAACGUACGAGUCUUUAACUGCUUAUUGUUGUAUUUUGAUGAUGGCCAGGACCCAUAAAAUGAAAAUAGAAGCAUAUUUUCUACAUGUGAUGUUUUGUGUGACGUGCCCUCGAGCGCACAGACUGAACAAGGUAAAGAUUUCUGUCUUUGCUGUAUGGAUUGUGUUACAUUUGUUUUUAUUGUCCUGAUAAUUUAAUAACUCAAAUUAAUUUUAUUCUAAAGUCAAAAGAUAUAAAAAAAGAAAUCCUAUUUUGCUUAAAGAAAAAGUGCCAUAAAAACAAGGUAACGAUUUGAUCAUUUGAAUGCGAAUAUUGAAAAACAAAAUAGCAAAACGUUCAAAAAUAAAUGUGAAAUCUGACAGCAGCAAGAUACUUUCCCAGGAGAUUUGAUCCAUCCAUUAACAUAACCAAAUGUCGCAGCCAAUCCAUAAUUCCCCAAGUAUGAUCAGAUGAUCCAAUUGGACGGAGAUAAUCUGAUAAAAAGCCCUUAGAUGGACGUGAAGUAUCCCAAACCACCUCUUUGGCCUUUGUGACUAAUACUUUCCAUUCCACACAGUCAUGAAAUGAGAAUUUAUCAUCACCGGCGGUGAGGUUCAGAGUCGAUGAUGAGAGGCCACACUAAAGGGAUUGAAGCAGGAUUGCCACAUCAGAUUAGCAUUAGCAUUAACCUGCUCUUUAGAUGAACGUCACAUGUCUGUAACCUAAAUCUUAUUUUGUGAGUUUUAUUACACCGUCUCAUCUGACAGGCCUCGGAGGGUCAUUUGUUGUUUUGACGAUGUUUUUUACAGAUGUGUAAAGUGAGCACAUGUUUAUGUCUGUGGCCUGUGGUUGGAUGAGAUGAAGGACAUUAGAUCAUGAAGCAGGUGCUCUGCGGCUCUCUGCAGCUGUGCUCUGGAUUCACCAGCCAUGAAUAACAGCAAAUGUUUGAUAGAUCAUGUCGUAUACUGCGGUCUGAUGAAGAUUCAUUCAAUACUAGCACAUUAUAUUAUGUGUUUUACAUCCUAAAUAGAAAGGGAUGUGGCCGAUCAAAAUGUGCACAUAAACCCACAGGAAUACUGUUUGCUAAUGACCUCAGUUUUUAGUAGUUUAAAGUCUUUAUUUGGGCUGCGUAUUAAAAACACUAACCUAUGUGCCGGUGUUCUGAUUAUCUGUGCUACCUGCUCAAAACAUAAUUCAAUUCAGUUUUAUUUAUGUAGCACUUUUCACAAUGUUUCAUUGUUGCAAAGCAGUUUUACAGGAAGAAAGACAAAAAAUAAACAAAAGUUAGUAUUAGGAUUAAAAUAACAAGGGUCCAAAACAAAACAUAAGACUAACCCAAACCCUAAACCUCAAGUCAGUGGGACGGUGGCACAUUCUAAUGGUAGCGCAAAAUGUCAGAACACCGUUAUUUAAUUUCACAAUAUAUUGCGAUAAUGAACAUGCACAGUAUUGUUAUCGUGCACAUUUCAAAAUACUGUGAAUAGUGCUGCGAAUUCUCAAUUAUCUGAAUUGUUCAUAUUUCAAGAAUGCAAAUUAGCUUCUUUUCCAUCAACCGGCUCACAUGCAUAAAGAGCUGAAUGUAUAAAAAUGCUUCUGGCUUCGAAUGUAAAUGAAGCAGACAUUACAUGACAGUGACUAAAGCAUAAUAAAAUCAUGGAUUCUGUUAUAGUAAAACAAAGGUGGAAUAUUAUACAUUUCUGUGUAUUAAAACAAGCCA